CCUGCUGAGCUUUCUCUCUUUAUCCUGUUUCUCCUGAAAUCAAACUUUCCGAAAUCGGAUCUUUGUAGACAUGAUCGUGUAUCAGGAUCUUCUUAGUGGUGAUGAGCUUCUCUCAGACUCAUUCCCCUACAAAGAAAUCGAGAAUGGGAUGCUGUGGGAAGUUGAAGGAAAGUGGGUUGUUCAAGGAGCAGUCGAUGUAGACAUUGGUGCGAAUCCUUCUGCAGAAGGUGCUGAUGAAGAUGAAGGGGUUGAUGACCAGGCUGUCAAAGUUGUUGAUAUUGUUGACACAUUCAGGCUUCAGGAGCAACCUGCUUUUGACAAAAAACAAUUCAUUACCUUCAUGAAAAGGUACAUCAAGAACCUGUCAGCCAAAUUGGAGCCAGAGAAGCAAGAGUUGUUUAAGAAGAACAUAGAGGGAGCUACUAAGUUUUUGCUUUCAAAGAUCAGUGACCUUCAAUUUUUUGUUGGUGAGAGCAUGCACGAUGAUGGCAGCCUUGUCUUUGCAUACUACAAGGAGGGUGCCACUGACCCAACAUUCCUCUACUUUGCUUAUGGCCUGAAGGAGGUCAAGUGUUAAUGGAGCCUUUAGACAGCACUAGUCCAGCUCUUCCAUAGCUGCACUCUCUGUAACUCUAGAUUUACGAAGUUCAAGCUAUUUAGUGUUUUUAAGGGCUUCUGACUUGGUACCUUGCCAUUAUGCUGUUACAUGCUUGCUUGUUAUGAGGAUCAUAUAUACUAAACUCGGUUGAGGGAUAAUAAAAUAUAUUGUGUUGC